AUGGUUUCCACCUUGUUCUUCAUCGUUCUCUUGAGACUGACCUGGGCCUGGGGGCCUCUAGGCCGCCAGAGCCAGGGAAAUGGGACAGUGGACAAUAAUGGGCAGUGUACCUGUGAGGCCUUCCUCCCGGGCAGCACAUUCCCAAUGGGUGAGUUGGUCCUGGUGGAGGAGACUGCAGUGGAGAUCCAACACAAGCUGGAGCUGGAGAUAAGCAAGAUCUUAACAUAUGAGAGCAAGCUGACAAUCUACGUUGAGAAGAUUGUAAACCUGACAGUGCGGAUUGGGCUGAUGGAGAAGGACCCAGACUCCUUCAACGAGCUGCACUUUCAGGAAGUAAAGACUGAAAUCAAACAGGUGGAGGCCCUCAUUAUAGAGCUGCGGGCAUCUAUCCAAACCUCCUCAUCCACACUGAAGGUCCUACGUCAAGAGAUCUCCUCCAUGACUGUGGUGCUGACACGGCUGGAGAGCUAUGACAGUAACCGCGUGCUGGCGACGCGGCGCGAGUACAUCAAGCUGCAGCAGAAGCUCGAAGAAUGCGAAAGGAGACACAACGAGAUCUUCAAUCCCAACAUCGGGUCCUGCAAGCAUGGAGGUAUCUCCAGGAUCAGCAAGCCCAUCAUCAGCCAGCUGAAUGCUCACAUCAGCAACAGCUACAUAUACGGUGGCUGGGGGAAAGACUCUAAGCCUCUGCCUGGCUUUGAGUCAAUGUACUGGUACUCAGGACAGACAAGCACUGUAAUGACUCACAUUAACCUGUACUCUGACUACCACCGACUAAUCCUAAGGAGUGCAUUUAAAUCCCAUUCUUAUAAAGAUUAUCCUAAUAAUGGUUUUCGAGGUAGUGGCAAUAAUUACAUUGUGUAUGCAAACUACUUUUAUUACCAGUGCUACAACACAGCCAGCAUGUGCAGGCUAAAUUUGACCUCUCUGACCCAUGAGGCCAGAGCGCUGCCUCAGGCCAGCCUCCGGUUCUCAUACAGAUACUCUCCAGAUCAGAACUUUGACUUUGCAGCUGAUGAGAGCGGCCUGUGGGUGACAUACGGCACAGAAAGCUCCAAAGGCAACAUGGUCAUUGCCAAAAUAGAUGUAGAUGCGUUUGGGGUGGAGCAGGUGUGGGAGACCAGCGUGUUCAGACGGUCAGUGGGCAACGCCUUCAUGGUGUGCGGAGUUCUGUACGCCACCCGUUCAGUCGACAUUCACACAGAGGAGAUCUUCUACUCCUUUGACACCCGCUCAGGCCAGGAGAGAUACCUCAGCAUUCCCUUUGAGAAGUUCCAGGAGAACUAUGUCAACCUGGACUACAACCCCACCGACCAAAAGCUCUACAUGUACAACAAUGGCUACUAUGUGUCCUACCAUGUGUGGUUUAAUCAGACAACAGCUAAUACACCACAACUCCUGAUUUGA